AUGCGAGGCCGUGACAUCAUCUCGACGGUUGCUGUCCUAAUUGCGCUGCAAGCGCAUAAAAUUUCAAGCACUUUGAAUCGUAAACUUGAGGCCAUGAGAGAGAAUGAAGAUCUGAUGAAGAUGGAAGAAUUUUUCGGAGUGAAGGCGGAAAGAAAGCUGGAAAAAAUGCUCACGUCGGCGAAACACAAGCCAGCACCAUGGAAUGGCCCAAGCUGGCUCACGAUGAACGACAGUAUAAAUUUCUGUUACUUGUCGGGCGAGAUGAGUCCUGCUGAGAAGUAUGCGCGAGCUUUUGGGCUGGAUGUGAAAGACUUUAUGGAUAAAGUUUCAGCUCAGUCUGGCAUCGAUUCGGUGGCAAAUCGUACUACACCAUGCACCGAUCACAGUGAAUGCGAGGAGAAUUUUUGUGCUCAGCGUACCAACGCAACAUCGGGCUAUUGCAUUCCAGCGUGGUUCGGUUUAAGUCAUGCGUUGGCACCAGCCGCCACUCUAGAGAAAGAGCCAAUUUGUUCCGUGCUGUUUAUAUCGAUGCUAACACCACUUACCUGUAUGGCGGACGUCGAUAUAACGGUGAUGACAACGUGA